GCAUGGAACCCAUCCAGACAGCAGAUGACCUCAGCCCGGCCCAGCAGCCCCCUGCCCCAGAACCUGGGGACCUGGAAGAACUCAAGGAAGAGACACCCGAUGGCUCAGACACGGUGGUCCUCAGCCUCUUCCCAUGCACUCCAGAGCCUGGGAACCCUGAAACGGACACUGGGGUCCCCUCGCCCCAGGCAGGCAGCUCUCUGAAGCACUCCACGACCCUCACCAACCGGCAACGCGGGAACGAGGUCUCAGCCCUGCCGGCCACUCUGGACUCCCUGUCCAUUCACCAGCUCGCAGCCCAGGGGGAGCUGAGCCAACUGAAGGAACACUUGAGGAAAGGGGACAACCUAGUCAACAAGCCAGAUGAGCGGGGCUUCACCCCCCUCAUCUGGGCCUCGGCCUUUGGUGAGAUUGAAACCGUCCGAUUCUUGCUCGAGUGGGGGGCUGACCCACACAUCUUGGCCAAGGAGCGGGAGAGCGCCCUGUCACUGGCCAGCACUGGUGGCUACACUGAUAUUGUGGGACUGCUCCUGGAGCGAGACGUGGACAUCAACAUCUAUGACUGGAAUGGAGGGACCCCUCUGCUGUAUGCCGUUCGGGGGAACCACGUGAAGUGUGUGGAAGCCUUGCUGGCCCGAGGAGCUGACCUAACCACAGAGGCUGACUCUGGGUACACCCCGAUGGACCUGGCCGUGGCCCUAGGGUAUCGAAAAGUGCAACAGGUGAUCGAGAACCACAUCCUCAAGCUCUUCCAGAGCAACCUCGUGCCCGCCGACCCCGAGUGAAGGCUGCCACAGGGACUCAGACACUCAGGGAUCAGAAGAGUCGACCCAGAGCUGGGGCAACCCAGAACUGGCUUCAGAGGCAGCUCCUG